GCAGCGUACGAGCGGCUUUGCGUCACACGGUGAGUGGACACGCCCACAAGUUCUGUGUCGCUGUGGUUUGUGUUGCGGAUUUCGGGAGCAAGAUGGCUGACGUGUCGCUGGAUGAAUUGAUCAGGAAGCGAGGUUCGGGCUCGGGGAUGUACAGCCGAAUUAACAGUCGUGCAGGUACAGGAAAUAAUAUGAGGUCCCGGUUACAGCUUCCUGUCUCCAGUCGUCCAGUUGCUACCAGCUUCCAAAGGACUUUUGAUGCCCGUCAGAAGAUUGGGGUGACAGAUGCCCGAAUGAAGUUGGGUGUGAAGGAUGCACGGGAGAAGCUGGUAGCCAAAGAUGCUCGAUUCCGCAUCACAGGCAAAGUGCAGGAUGCACGGGAGAUGCUGAAUUCAAGGAAACAGCACGGCUCUGUGGGAGAAAACCCAGCCAAAGUGAUGGAUGCUCGUGAGAAGCUCAGUCUAAAGAGGAGUGCCCCUUCAGUGGCUGUCAGUCCAACAUUGACAUCUGGAUCUUCAACCAUAAACCUUACAAAGACCAUACAGAUUCCACAGCAAAGGGGCAGUAACUCAAACCUAGCACAGUCUAUGAAAGGAAUGCGAAUAAAUGUAGUAAAUAACAAGCCAACAAAACAGGAACACAUAUCUCUAUCCCGCCAGCUUCCAUCACGGCUUGAGGAGGAAGAUGAAGAAGAUGACGAGUUGGAGCUCUCCUCUAUCCCAGCUAAGCAGAUGAAAAUUACAGCCACAAACACAUUGCAGAAACGGGCUCUACCUUUCACAAAGGUUGUCCAGAAUGACACCUACACUGCACCUGCUGUCACACAGGCUGCUUCAACUGCAGCCCCCUUACUUCGCACAAAGACUUUGACCAACAUGUCACGGACACUUGUAACUAAGGAAGAUAACACUCCACUACAGGUGGCAUCUAAAGAGCCGGUCUUCAGCCCUCUAGAAGGUACUAAAAUGACAGUUAACAAUUUGCACCCUCGUGUCACAGAAGAAGAUAUUGUGGAGUUGUUCUGUGUAUGUGGAGCCUUAAAGCGAGCCAGACUGCUAAGUCCUGGUGCGGCAGAAGUUGUUUUUGUGAGGAAGGACGACGCAGUUGGUGCUUAUAAAAAGUACAACAACAGAUACCUGGAUGGGCAACCCAUGAAGUGUAAUCUUCAUCUGAAUGGCAGUGUCAUAACAUCAGACCAACCUAUCUUACUGCGACUCAGCGACACACCAUCUGCAACAAAAAAAGAAGGGGAGACUCGAAGAUCAAACACAUUAUCUUCAUCCAGUGCAUCCAACCCACCUGCUGAAGUGGACCCUGACACCAUCCUCAAAGCCUUGUUUAAAUCUUCGGGCUCUUCGGCAGUUGUUCAGCCAACUGCGUUUAAGAUCAAACUCUGAUGCGGCCAGUAUGAACUAAAGUGGAGGAGUUCUGGAGUGAAUCACAAAGAUGACUCUCAGAGUGACCAAUGUUAUGAUUCACCUAGAGAGACUAGACUUUUGUUUCAGAGAAAAUUUGUUAGAACCGCUCAUCAGUGGAUUAGUUCUUGUUGGCCAAGAGUGAGGGAUAAUUGGACUUUUGGCUGUAUAACUGAACACCCUACCCUUUGCGACUGUAGCAUUACAGUUUCACUUUUCUUUAUGUUAAGAUGUUCCUGCAGCGCACAUGCUGGUUCCUCUCCCAGGAUCAAGUACAUGUACAUACAGUUUCCUGCCAUGCUGUUUAAUGUUCUGUUUCCAAUAUCAUUGUUUAUACUUACUUUUUUUGUGUUUUAUUUUUUUGCUCUGGAAUAAAUAACGGUCAUUAAAUGUGCAGCCCCCAAAAACACUAGUCAUCUUUGAUGACUAAAAGAAUCCUGCACCUUAACAGAUGCUCACAUUAUUGAUUAAUUUGUAGGGAUGCACCAAAUCCACUAUUUUGGGAUUUGGCUGAAUGCUGUACUGAAUCCGAAUUCUAAUUUGCAUGUGCAAACUAAGGCAGGGAAGCUUAAAAAAAAAAACUGGGCGUGCAGUAUGCGGAAAAAAACCUUCCAAUUUCCGCAUUUAUUUGGUGAAAAGACGCAUCAUUUUAAGGAUUCUGUCCAGCCAGGACAAUGGAUUCAGCCGAAUCCUGCUGAAAAAGCCUGAAUCCCAAAGCAAAUUCUGGAUUCGGUGCAUCCCUAUUGAUUUGCCACUGUUCAUUUUCUGACGUGACAUCCAGAUGAGUAGAAAAAGAAUGUCCUUGAAUUUGACAUCCAUGUUCUUUAGAUACAUUAGGUUAAUUAUUAGUCAUAAUUGGAUGUGGAAUCUCUGAAAUAUUAUCCAGCUGAAAAGUUUUGAACCUAUUUACACGUGGUUAUAAUAGCAAUAUUUGGUGAAUAUAAAAUCAGUACAGACUUCCAAAUCAACAUUAAUGUAAACUAACAGGCUUUAUUUUUCAUAGUAAACCAUAGAUUUGUUUUAGAUAUAUCUGGCUACUGGCAUUUUUGUUCCACUGCCUUGCUAUUCAGGGUUGGAUUAUAAUGGCAUAGCCAGUGCAGUUGCUUAAAAACAGUUUCACAUGCAUGCAGCUUAAGUGCAGCACGCAGCUAUUGUAAAAAAAAAAAAAAAAGAAAUACCAUUUUCAUUAUGUAAAAACUGCAAUGAAAUGUCUUUUGGGUGCAAAUUUAAUCAGACCGUCUUUACCCACAUUUACUUUCAAGGACAUUGAGAAAUUGGCUCUCUGUCAGUGACUUUCUUUACUGGUUAAUUGUUAACGUUGUAUUUCAUACUAAGGCAGUACUCAAAAUUUUCAUGGCAAUAAAAGGCUUUGAUUAAUA